AAGCAACUCUGCAGGGCUUUGCUCUGCUCAGCAGGCUGCAGAGUUUGCUGCAGAUGCAGACCUGAAAUCCAUCUUUCUACCACCUACGUACCGUCCGGGGGGGGUUGCAUGUCUUCUUGCCUUCUGUGUCUUUCCCCAGACCUCUGUUCUCGAGAGGAAGCUCUGUUCUGCUGCUGGCAAUGCAUCCUGAGAGGUGGCUAUGUUCGUGCUACCCCACUUUCUGUGUGUGGGCAUUCGUGUUCACAUCCUUGACUAAAGGUACCACAGCCUGCGAAUCAGAGGAACGGUUAUUUCACCACCUCUUCUCCCAGUACAACCAGUUCAUCAGGCCAGUGGAAAAUGUGUCCGAUCCAGUCAGAGUGUAUUUUGAGCUGGCCAUUACCCAGCUUACAAACGUGGAUGAAGUCAAUCAGAUUAUGGAAACAAAUUUGUGGCUUAGACAUAUUUGGAAUGACUACAAAUUGCGAUGGGAUCCCAAACAAUAUGAUGGCAUUGAAUUUAUUCGUGUAGCAGCAGAUAAAAUUUGGAAACCAGAUAUUGUCUUGUAUAACAAUGCCGUGGGAGAUUUUCAAGUUGAAGGAAAGACCAAAGCCCUCCUUCGAUAUGAUGGAAUGAUCACCUGGACCCCACCAGCUAUUUUUAAAAGCUCCUGUCCUAUGGAUAUCACUUUUUUCCCGUUUGAUCAUCAGAACUGUUCACUCAAAUUUGGCUCAUGGACCUAUGACAAAGCCAAAAUCGAUCUUCUGAUCAUUGGAUCCAAAGUAGACAUGAAUGACUUUUGGGAAAAUAGUGAGUGGGAAAUAGUUGAUGCUUCUGGCUACAAACAUGAUAUCAAAUACAACUGCUGUGAAGAGAUCUACACAGACAUAACAUAUUCCUUUUAUAUUCGAAGGUUGCCAAUGUUUUACACCAUAAAUCUGAUCAUCCCUUGUCUUUUCAUCUCAUUCCUGACUGUGCUAGUUUUCUAUCUGCCAUCUGACUGUGGUGAGAAAGUGAACCUUUGCAUCUCUGUGCUCCUUUCUUUGACUGUAUUUUUACUGGUGAUCACAGAAACAAUCCCAUCCACCUCUUUAGUAAUUCCCCUAGUAGGUGAAUAUUUACUGUUCACUAUGAUAUUUGUGACUCUGUCAAUUGUCAUCACAGUGUUUGUCCUGAAUAUACAUUACAGGACUCCAACCACACACACAAUGCCCAAAUGGGUAAAAACUGUCUUCCUUAAGCUGCUCCCCAAAGUCCUGUUGAUGCAGAGGCCACUGGAACAGCAGAAAAAAAAUGACUCUAAAAAACCCAAGAAAGCAUCAGACAGUAAGUCAGGCAAGCCAAAGCACAGCAAACACAAAGAUACCAAAUUUCAGAAGGAGCAGCGAUGCAGUCACUGUGACAAGGCCGCUGAACUCGCUACCACCAAGAGAGGACUGAGCCAUCAGAAAUGGAUGGAAGAGCAGGUGGAGUACUCCCCAGAGGUGAAGGAUUUCCUCAGCAACGUCCAGUUCAUCGCAGAAAACGUGAGGUCUCAAAAUGAAACCAAAGAGGUGGAAGAUGACUGGAAAUACGUAGCUAUGGUGAUAGACAGAGUGUUUCUGUGGGUAUUUAUAAUCCUUUGUGUGUUUGGGACCGCAGGACUCUUUAUCCAGCCACUGAUAGCAGACACAUGACUUGAUCCACUGCUUUUUACCCGCUUUGGGUUUUGUUUCAUUUUUGGUUUGUAAAUUUACCUUGUUUUUAUCUCCUUUACAUAACUCAGCUGCUCAUCACCUCCUCAGCACCCAGCUGCAGAGGGCCCCAGAUCAAUAAAGCACAUGUUUAUAUUUGUGUUUGAAAUCAGACAGGUCUUAAGCACUUAAUCAUAUUGGAAGACAAAAAUGACUUCAUAUUAGAAUGUGAUAACCAUGUAAGGGAUACACAUUUGAAAACUACGUGAUUUCAAAAUCUUGAAUAGCUUGUUCAUCUGCCACUUAGCUUUGCAUGUGAUCAAAAGUCCCCUCUGCUUCCUGAUACUGAAUACCAAGACCCUGAUGAGCUUCAGAAGGAUUUCCAAGCCACAUCUCUCUCAUCAGAUUAACAGUGGUCCUAGUUCCACAGGAGCUUCCCCUCUGAAAACUCUU